AUGUCGACCCUCCCUAGUACACGCCCUUCACCCAUCCUAACGGCCCUAUCGUUCCUCCUACUGCUCGUCGCGGCGUCAGCACAACCAGACGUCUACUACCGGGUAGUGGAAUACCCCCACUGCCCUAUUACCGGAGAGCGCCCCGAGGACAUCAAUGCGGCUUAUAUCAAGGCGGCUCGUAUCGGGGCGGCUAGUAACGGGGCGGCCGUGUGGCAGCGCCGGUGCGCGAUGGAGGACAACACGACGUGCUGCGGGCUGUGCGGAGGCGAGGAGCUCGCGCUUCGAUACAUCCGAUCCAACGUCUCUCUUGUUAUACAAGCCCUGGGUGACAAUGCUACUGCUGCUGCUGCGGAGCUCAUUGACACCUCCAACCCUCCCACUGUGAGUCUUGGGGCUGUGCUGCGGGCUGUGCGGAGGCGAGGAGCUCCAACGUCACCGACAACUUGUGAGGGUGAGGAGCUGGCGCUGCGAUACAUCCGAUCCAACGUCUCUCUCGCGAUAGUGGCACUAGGCGCCAACGCCACCGCUGCUGCUGCGAAACUCAUCGACCUCUCCAACCCGCCCUCUGUGAGUGUGGCUCUGCGCGCUGGUCAAAGCUGUGCGAAGGCGAGGAGCUCGCGCUGCGAUACAUCCGGCAACGUCUCUCUUGUGAUAGAAGCCCUGGGCGCCAACGCUACUGCUGCUGCUGCCAAACUCAUCGACCUAUCCAACCCACCCUCUGUGAGUCUGCGGGCAUGUGAGGCCUUGCAGGGCUAUCCGCUCUGCGCACAUCUGCUCGAAAUGGUCAUGUGCGCUGCCGUCUGUGAUGCAGGUACGUCCUCUCCCUCUGUUCCCUCUUCUCCCUCUGUUCCCUCUUCUCCCUCUGUUCCCUCUUCUCCCUCUGUUCCCUCUUCUCCCUCUGUUCCCUCUUCUCCCUCUGUUCCCUCUUCUCCCUCUGUUCCCUCUUCUCCCUCUGUUCCCUCUUCUCCCUCUGUUCCCUCUUCUCCCUCUGUUCCCUCUUCUCCCUCUGUUCCCUCUUCUCCCUCCUCCCCUUCCUCUCCCUCCCAUCUCUCUUACCCACAUCUGCUCGAAAUGGGCAUGUGCACUGCCGUCUGUGAUGCAGGUACGUCCACCUUUCCUACCACUCCCUCCCUCCUUUCACCUGCUUUUGUCACUCACAGUGUUGCCUUUUCUGCUUCUGUCCCUUCUGGUUUUUUCCCUUCUCGUUUUGACGCUUCUGCUCUGAACCCAUCAGUUGGUCGCAUCACCACCACCAUGAUUCACACUCCUUCACCACCCACCUUGUUACAGCCAUCUGCCUUCCUGCCAAUACUGCUUGCCUCUCCUCCCUCUCCUGCCUUCUCCUCCCUCUCCUACCUCCCCAUCUCCCGCCUCUCCUCCCACUCCCGCUUCUCCCCUGAUUCCAUUCCACCCAUCAGUUGGCCGCAUCGCCAUCACCAUGGAUGCAUAUUCCUUCACCACCCAGCUUGUCACAGCGAUAGGAAGAAAGAGCUAUCAUCUGCCUUUCCUGCCUUUCCUCCUCCCGCCACUCCCCUGUUUCCAUCCCACCCAUCAGUUGGCCGCAUCGCCAUCACCAUGGAUGCACAUUCCUUCACAACCCAGCUGCUCACAGCGAUGGGCAGAAACCUCUACGGAACAACGAUCUACGGCAUCCCUCGCUUCAUGGAUGUCAUCCGGGGUGCCACCUUGCGCUGCUACAACCCUCCUAAAGCAGCCUUCCUGCUACGACCUUACUAUAGCAACCUUCCUGCUACAACCCACCAGGCGUGUCAGUUAAUGUUUCUCCCCUCCAUUCCCUCCCCUCCCCUGCAAUCCGCAGUGCCUCUCCGGCCCACCAACAGACGACGCCUUCCCCCCCACAACCAUCUGCUGCGAUCCCUUCACCCUGCAGCCCUCCCAGUGCCCGUCAAGCUCUCUUCCCAACCCCCAAACCGAGCCACACCCAUCGUCACCACUCUCACCCCCACCACCAACCGACCUUAA